AGCUGGACGGUAUACUGGAGGGGCUGCCCAUGCCGGUCAUGCCGCCAUGCACCAUUCGCAUUGCCACUUUUCUUCCCCUUAUUUCCAUCCACCCAUCUAAUUGCACUGUCUUCCCUGCAUAUCCUACAGAGCUGGAUGGCAUACUGGAGGGGCUGCCCAUGCCUGUCAUGCCCCCGUGCACCACUCGCAUUGCAGCCAUGCAGAGGAGAGUGCACGCGCUCACCUCCUCGCUCUCACGCAUCCACACCCGCAUCGAGACAAUGAAGAGGGACCUCCGCUUUCGCAGCACAUGCAGGGAACAACAAUCAGAUAAGACAGGCAGCGGCUCGUCGUCGUUCUGUAGAUCGGACAGGGCGACGUUGAUGCGAGUCCACGGCUCGGAUGUGGCCGUCAGCUCGACUGCUAGAGUGGUCGCGUCGCAAUCCCGCCCUGGCGGCAGGGCGAGCAUGAAGAAGGCUCAAGGCGCAGUGGUCUUCCGAACAGACGACCCGCUAGCUGGCCGCGACUACCGCCCGCCCAUGCCUGGGGACAACCCCGACUUCUGGGAAGGUUCCCAGUGGGACCUGCUGGGGUUUGUUGCAGAGUACCUGUGGGUGUUCGGCAUCGUGCUGGCGAUCGUUUCAUCGCUCUACGCCGUUACGAGCUACAACCAGGACGAGGAGGUGGUGGAGCCAACAGACUCGGCCGUUAUUGUGGAGUCAUCUGCACCGUCGGAAGCUGAUCAGCUGCUUGAGCCAUUCGUCGACGAUGCUCCUCCCCUGUAG